AUGAAGGCGUCCUACGAGUUUGUCUUGUUGAGUUUGUUGGUCGCAUUUUCCUGGGGAAGCCCACUAAAUGCACAGCCGCCAAAGCAAUCUGUUCGUCAGGUAAAGCUGCCAUCAAAAGCAUGCUUAAACUAUACUGAGUUGCCGGUUAACUUUUGUUUAAUCCAACUUUAAUUUCAAAGUUGACGUUCACCCACGUAAGGCCCAACACAGCAUGAAAAAGGACAUUUAAAUGAGCGAAAUGGUAGCGUAAAACUGGUGUAAAAUUCUCUUUUACGGUAUGAUCUUUGCGUAAAGCUGCUCAAGAAAAAUUCUGGAUGCCACAAAGAGAACUUUCUCCAAAAACGUGAGUUUUUGAAAAAACCUUUUACUUUAAAUGUGUUUUAAAAAUUCCUACGCUGUUUAAUGAGUUUGGUCGUUUCACGUUUGAGCAACGCGAGUCCGAGACUAUCACGAGGCGGAGCCAUGAGUCAAGCACGAGCCAACCGCGAAUCAAGCCCUAAUAUGUUAUUUUUUAUCAUUUUUGAGUUUCAUGGCCAAAGAAAAGCAGUUCUAAAGAAGCCUCAUUCCGAAAGAUUUCCUGACAAAUAUAACACGCUUCGGCUUAGCUACUCUUACAUCUGAGUGCUCGGGUGUAAAAUGCUACAAGUACUCAAGGUGUGGUGCUGAGAUGGAACCUAUGGUUGGAAUUCGUGAGGGAAGUUAAUGGAUAUGCGAUAUUGAAUUACAGUGACGCCCCAUUUUUAACAACGGACACUGAAGGCGCGAUAAAAAGUGUCCCGGUGUUUUGGCACGCGGUGUCCGUAUUAGGCUAGACCGCGAGCGGUCGUCCUUCUUUCCUCACAGCCACGUGCUGCGAGCGAAAAGGUAAAAAUUAUGCAAAUUAGUGUCAAAAAAAGGGGUAAAGAUUGGGGCUCCGCCGUCGUUUCUCGUGCUCGCAUUCUACUGUGUCUCAAAAGAAAAAUAAGAGACUGCUAGUCUAGUAUUAAGCGGGUCAUGAUAUUGAAGUCAAAAAACACCUUUUUGUGAGAACAAAAUACAAAAGAAAUAAAAGAGGAUAUUAGCAUUGUGAAAUUGAACAUCUCUAACCUUCACAAAGUCGUCAUUCAUGGUCAUUCACGGUUUAAAUUCACAGAAACAGUCAAACGUCCCUCAAAACCGUUCUCUGCAUAACUCGUUUGAUGCCAAUUGAAACUGGUCUGGAAUUGGCGUCUAUACCUUUUAGGUGUCACUUUAUCGCUGGGAAGUGAUCGAUAUGCUGUUAACUGAAGUUUUUUUCACCUUAAAAAAGGAAAAGUCUAUUACAACGGACAGUUGACAAGGAAGCGUCCAAAUAAAGGAAAUUGGCUUUUUAAGAAUAUCUGUUGAUUGGGCAAGAACAGGAGCCCAUAACCUGGAGCGAGCAACCUCCAUGUACUCGUGUCACGGCAUUUUCAUGGACCAGUUUAUUCUUAGAAUGGUUUUGGCGCGAAUUUACAAUAUCUUUUAAGUCCCAAAAACAAGUCAGCAAAACGUACAGACCUAAAAUUGAUAAUUUUUGCCUUUUUAUGACGUUACGUUUUCCUUUUUGAUACGUUACACUUCAAAUGCGUUCAUAGAUGUGGCGGAGAUUCCAUUUUCGCGGGAAAAAUUGUCCUAAAAUGUGUCUAAAAAUAAACCGGACCGUAAAAACGCCGUUAUAUAGGCCUAGUAUGGGAGUUACUCGCUCCGGGUUAUGGGCUCCUGGCAAGAAAUAGCUGCCGUUGUCCGUAUAAGCUGGUUCAAUUUAGAAAAAUUGUAAAUGCUUCCCCCAGGGAAAAAGAAAAAUGUCCGUAAUAACGAAGUGUCCGCAUUGAGCGGGUGUCUGUAAAGUGGGGUUUGAUUGUUCUUUAAACAUGGUUAGUAGAUAACUAGUUUUUAAGAAGACGUAGGGACGGGAAGCGUUGUGUGACGCCGGCCAAGCGGAUUCAGCAAGACUGGAUACAAAAAUAUCCAACCCAGUUGUUACCUUGGGAAAGCCAGGGUAAAUUCUAACAUCGGGUCUCGAGCAAGCGAAGGCAGGACAACAAGCUACAACAGGUGUGCACAGUUGUUAUGCACCAGUCAAUUGAAACCACUGCCCUACGACCCCCGGGUCUAAGCGGGAAAUGUAAAAUUUCUGAAAUUUGAAUUUCCCGCCAUUUUUUCUAUUUUUAGUUACAAAAUAGUUCUGGGCAAAGUUUGUGCAAAUGCGCCUGUUUUUGAACUAGUAUUGAAAAAUUUGAAAUUUAUGCUGUGAGCAAUGGUGAGAAACAGUUAAAGAUUAAAAAAACUUGCAUAAAUUUAAAACAACUGGUCAGUUGAAAAGUGAAAAGUCGAGAAAACGUUCUGGUUUGUGGUUUAAUCAGUGUAUUUAUAGCAGUUAAAAGCGAUGCAAAGUUUCAAACUACAUAUAUAGGUAUAUUUUAAAAAAUGGUGUAUGAAGAGGUAAGGGGUUGGACCUUGGGGCGGGGCUUCCCCCUAUAAAACUUUAUUGAGUACCACACGGAUAAUGAUCUCAGUCUAACAUUUAUUACACUCUUAGGUUGACUUGAAGGAGGAUUUCAUUCCAAGGAGGACUAGCUCGGAAGGUCAGUUUUAUUAAGUGUUUCCGCCUAAAUGUAGAAUUCUAUAUAUCAAAGUGAAUACAGGUUAGGUUAGGUUAGGUCCUUCUCAUAGUUCUUACAGCUGAUGUUACUUCAUCAAAUUUCAAAGCAAAUAAUUAAUAAUCAAUUUUCCUGAGUUUUCACUGGGAACGGAUAGUUUUCCUCGAUAAAAGCGCAAAUGUGCAAACUGAGCACGAGUGUCAACUCAGAACGCAAGAGAAUCAGAGUGUUUACGAAAGGCGAGAUCGCAGACAUUCCAGACUUAGAAGUUUCUAGAGAACCUGCAAACUCACUACAACUGUUUCGUGUUAUUUCUCUUUCUGUUUCAGGUUGUUACGACCAAUCGCCGUCUUGUAGCUACUGGGCGCUCACUGGCCAAUGUGAUACCUAUCCAAAGUUGCAUACAUCCUGCUGUGUUUGGUGCAAACACAUGAAAAGUACGUACCUGAAAAAUGGAAUAAGUAAAACCCCACGACUAAGAACCUGGAUUUUAAGAACCUGUUAGGCUAAAAUUUGCCCGCUAAGCCCUCUCUACAUAAGAGACUGUUUAGCGUAAAAUUUGAAACAGGUCCCUAUUUUUUAAAAUCUAUGAAAAAAUCCUUUAGACUUAGGCAAAUAAGAUAACUCAACAUUCAAGUAACAUUCAGAAAAUCCUCUUUGGAGACAUAAAUGCAUCAUCACUCCAACUGCAAUGUAAAUGCCAAUGAUAUGCCCUAAUUGGCCCCGCAGGGAUUUCCCCCCAGAGGCGAAAUCCCAAGGAGGCACCCUAGUAACUUGCGCGUAUAUUAAGGACAGUACUUACAGUUCAAAUAUGCAGUCAGUAUACUAGAAAAAAUCUCGAUUUGCUCGAACAGGGGCCGCGAGGAAUCGGUAGGUAAUGAUGACGUUUCUAUUAUUUGCGCCCGCAAGUACGAAAUGGUUAGGAUGACGUAAAACCCAAAAAUUCCGAAGGAACAGCUUACAAUAGGCAGAUUUUGUGACAUUAAUUAUGCAGUCACACUUCGAUACUCUUUUGCGUUACGUGUUAUCAGUGCAUUCUGAGGAGCACUUGUUAUGAAAGUUAUGGACCAAAAGACACUCGUUAGAUGAAGUUAUAAGGUGCGUAGAGCAGCGUAAAUUUUAACACUAAGUGAGUUUGCCAGACACGAGUUCACAAAUCUUUGAUUGGAAACCUUCAGCUGAACCUUGCCAGACACUCUUUCUCUCUCUUUGACUAGAAUAAGACUCGGCCCAAAACAAGCAAGACGAGUGAAUGAUUCAACGGCUAGCUUAUCACAAGCAGAACGAUGGACGAUUACAGAUCACAUUCUGUGCUGACUUAUUCCCUGCUCACAGGUGUCCAUCCGCUACAAAGUUUAAAAUAAGACAAGAAUGCUCAAGCGUGAAUUGAUCAAACGUCCUUUUAAUUUCUAAGGCUUACUUUCCGGCAAAUGAAAUGAACUAAAUGUAAAAAGUGAAAUAGAAAUAGCGAAAAAUUAAACUUCUAAUUAAAUCUUUUCUUAUGGUUUAGAAUAAACUAUUCUUGNUUUAAUUUCUAAGGCUUACUUUCCGGCAAAUGAAAUGAACUAAAUGUAAAAAGUGAAAUAGAAAUAGCGAAAAAUUAAACUUCUAAUUAAAUCUUUUCUUAUGGUUUAGAAUAAACUAUUCUUGAAACUGAGAAUGAUCAUGCUUUGAUCAAAGCUGUGUAAAUCGAACCGAACUGUGCAUGGAACCUCGCGUUUAUUUCCUGUAUUUAUCUCACCUAUUGUAUGGAAUAUGUGUGAACAUCUUUAUUAUGAAUCGGUAUUUCAAAGAGCUACACAAGGAGCAAGAAUACUAUCUACAGAGCGGGGAGCAGCUGUAGUGUCAACUAUUACUAGUAAUUAACUGUACUGUAUUUUUUUCUUCAGAAAAUAAGAAGCUAAAUAGGCGCUGAUGAACUGGAAAACGUCAAAUCCUACAAAUAUCUUGUACUAAUAAUGAGUCCUUAUGGAAAAUUUACUCUCGCUAGGCAAGAGUUGAAGAAAGUUGCACUUAAAGCAGACUCAAUAAGUUACGAAAAGAGAUGGAAAAGCACUUUCAGAGUAAAUAUAAAACUAACGAUGAAGUUAUUUGAUGCACUGACCGAUCUCCCAUAGUCUUUUACGCGAGUGAAGUGUGUAGGAUUGAUUGCAAUGGACAAUUAGAAAAGGAUCCAGCAGAAGUAGUUCAAAAUAAAUUCCUGAAGUGGUUGCUGGGAGUUAAUUAUAAAUACUGCAAUAACAAUGUGUGAAGAGCUGAGACAGGAAUGUUUCUAAUGAGAAUUGAAGCCCAGUGUGUGAACUUUACAAUUCUGUUUAACCUUUACCAAAAAUGAAAACAAAUUAUCCCAAAUAGCAUACAAUGACAUUAAAUGGAAUGAAAAUAAAGCUUUCUGGAGCAAAAAAAUCAAAAGCUUAUUGGAACAGAUAGCAUUAGGAGAAUUCUGGAUGAAAGCACACUAUGCGGACAUAGGAAUCGUAAACAUGACCAGGCAACGACUUAAGGAUAUCGCACUACAAAGAUGGCUAAGUGAAAUAAAUAAAAAACGACACCAGAAAAGAUGCUAACCAAAGCAACAAAAUGAGAACCUAACGGUUAUUCAAAACGAUAGCCAAUUACAAAUGUGAAGAUUACCUACAUCAGGUCACAAAUACCCGACACAGAAUAGCUCUAACAAAACUGCAACUUAGCGACCACAAAUUAUCCGAGACCGUUCAAGAAACCUGCAGGAAGAAUUUGCCCAAUUUGUAAACUAGACAACAACUUUAUUGACUUUAUCUUCGACAAGAAGAUUUCAGUACCAAAACAGUCAAUACAAUGACAAAUGAAACAAAGUAAAAAGUUAAGUAAAAAAGAAAGGAACAACAACUAUAUCUUGAACAUUAUCAUAAAAGAAAAAUUAGAAAUGGAGGACGAAUACCAUUUUCUAAAUAUAUGCCCUGCUUACCAGGAAAAAAUAUGUUCCUUACUAGAUUAUUUGGAAAAAGAAUAUAGAAUAAAAAUAAGCAGAAUGUCAACUGACAAAAUAAUUAAUCAUGUUUCUAAUGAACCCCGGGCCUAGCGGAAAUAAAUAAAAACUAAUAGCAAAACAUCACGAAUGCUUUGAAAAAAUGAAAGGGGAAGAUGGCAAAAAGUAAAUACUCUAGGACUUAAUUAAUUAAUAACUUUAUCAGCCACAUAUGGUUAGGAAUUUUUGUUGUUUGUAAUUUUAGAGUAUUGGGAAAUAGUUGAUAUACUAUUUAUUGUAAGACUUCAAAUAAAAAACAUGUACAUAUGUAUGUAUGUAUGGCUAAUGGGGAUGUGCCGCUGGAUGGGGUCGCAUUUUCACGACUGGACUGACUAGAAUGGAGUUGCAUUUUCAAUAGAGUUACUAGAACGGGGUCGCACAUUUUCGGAUUUUUGGGGGUAACAUUGUUCGUCAUAUUUACGGUCAGCAAAUGUAUCAGAAUGUUUGUACGGUAGAUGAAAAGUAAAGUGUUCUUCAGUCAAUCUAAAAAAUGAAUCAAUUCGAAAAAAGUAGAAAGUGACUAAGUUUGGAUAGCGAAAAUUACAUAUUUCCCCAAAAGUGACUAAGAUGGGGUCUAUAAUUGGCCACAGAAUAGACUAUAAUGGGGUAGGGGCUUUGCGAGGCCAGCGGCACAUACCCAGCAAAAAUUAACCCAAGUACAAAAGGUCUAAAUUGUAAUUUUACACUAAUAUAUAUCCUCUCCUGUCACCACAGGAUUGCAAUUCGUUAAAAAUUACAUUUGCCAUGACCAACAUUCCAAUUGUUAUAAUUGGGCAACACGGAACGAGUGCUACAAAAACCCCGCCUAUAUGCUUGACUUUUGCUGUGAAUCCUGCCGGAAUAUAGGUAAGCUGGUGGUAAGCUGG